AUGGUGAUGCCGUUUAAUCAAGAGUCGUGGAUAUGGUAUACCUGCGCAGCGACGAUCAUCGGUGCGAGACUUAUCUCGCGCAAGAUACUGUUCGGCUCAUGGAAGGGUCUCCAAAUAGACGACUGGAUCAUGGGUCUCUUUGUCACCUUCUGCUACACCCUCCUGAUCGUGUUGUCUAAUCGAUGGCUGAAAGUCCAGUCAAACCUCGAGCCCUCCACCUUCGACUUCACCUCCCUCACAGCCGAAGAUCUCGCCCGUCGCAGAUACGGCAGUAAAAUUGUCAUCAUUGUGGAACAGACGCAAAUCCUGGUGAUCUGGUCGUGCAAAGCAUGUCUCCUGCUCAUGUACCACCGAUUGACCCGCACAGCGCAACGUGGCGAGAAUAUUGCCAUCAAACUCCUGUCCGCCUAUGUGGCUGUUGGGUUCAUUGUCAUUGAAGUUCUAUACUUCGCUGCCUGGUGUCGUCCGUUUCAUGAGUACUAUGCUGUCCCAGCCCGGUCGUCACAGUGCAAUGCCAUGGUCCACCAUCGAAUUACCAAAGCAAUCUUCAACUUGUCUUCAGACGUCAUCAUGCUCUGCAUAGCACUUCAGAUGCUAAUUCGGUCAUCCCUACCGAUGAGAAGGAAGAUUAUCUUGUGUAUCAUUUUCUCUCUGGGAAUCUUUGUCAUUACAGCUAGCAUUCUCAACAGCUACUACUUCUUCAAGGACCCAUACAAACAGACUUGGAUCUACUGGUACGUCCGUGAAUCCUCGACUGCAGUUCUCGUGGCCAAUCUCCCCUUCACAUGGACCAUUCUUCGGAAGUUUUUCGAAGUUGGUGAUUUUGACGAGACGAAUCCACCGCCGUGGACGUAUCAUACACAUACUUCACGAACGGCAGGAGGCCGCAAGGCAGCACACCAACAUCAGAAGACGAGUACCACUGCGGCUCAACCUGGAACGUAUCACUCUCCGAGAAAUAGCCAUGGAAGCAAGGGCACCCGGUCGCUGACUCUGGUCGGUUCAUCAUCCUCGAAUAGAAAUAGCGAGUUCCUUGUCGACCUCGAGCAAGGUGUAGGCAAAAAAGUUCCUCUGCGCCCUGUUACUCCAGGCCUCGCGAAGGAGGAGGGGUUGUUUUCCUUGCCCUCUUCAAAGAUGAUACAGGAUGGCACGGGUGGGUUAUGCAUGAACAGUCGGUCCAUUUCACUGCCCCCAAGGGUGAAGAUGGCCGCUUCAUCAAAGAGAUGCCGCGAACCUAGCCGGGCGGGCUACAACAUGUGGAGGAUGGGCGCAGGACAAGAGUUGAAACGGCGAGAGCGAAGUUGUGCCAUUAGGUGCUUGAUACAAGCCUCUGCAGGUUACGAUUUUGAUAUUGAGAUACCCCUUCCUUUAUUUAGGUCCCCGGUCCUCUCGGCCGAUGAGAUCAUUUGCAAUGAGACUGUGGCUUCUGCUCGAAGUACAUGGCUGCACAUGACAGAAAAGCAGCCGAGUAUCAUGCAGCUCACUGUUGACGUGCUUCAACUGCCUCCUGGCAGCCACCAGCCACCAGCCGUUCUUCGGCUACGGGGGGGGGGAAGACCGCCAAGUCAAGUCAAGGGCCAAGGACAGCAAAUCAAGACCAGCCCUCCCCAGCCGGCGCAUCCAAGUCCGCUGCCCGUUCGCCGGGUCCAGUGCAGAAAAUCUUCAUCCGCCGUCGUCUGGAAAUAA